UGGUCUUUAGGUUUGGGGGUGUGAAGCAGCCUUGGCAGUGGGGCGGCAGAGUCCCAGGCCGCAGCAGUGAGGAUCGGCUUGAGUGCAGCAGCUGUGGAUGCAGACACAGGGAAAAAGCUGCUUGUCUUCAGAAGGGCAGGGAUCUGCGGCGAGAUGCCCCAGCCUCCGCUGCCGACCUUCCAGUGAGGGUGCGAAGGGGCGGAUUGUGGCUCCAUCCCUUCCUGUCGCUUCGGGGCCUUGCACUGCACCUCAGCUCCCCUGGGCUGGCCCUGCCUUCCACCAGGAGCUCCGUCACUGCUUCAGGCCGUGACUCAGCAUUUCUGCUACGAGGGGGGCUCACGAUAUGGGGGGGUCUGGGGGUCCCCGAGGGUCUCACGCUUCUCCCCUGGCCCCCAGGUAUCUCCUGGCCCACGGGGCCGACGUGGCAGCGGUGACGAGCGAUGGAGAGCUGCCCUUGGAGGUGGCUGAGGAUGAAGGGCUGGAGGAGCUGCUGAGGGAGGAGGUGGAACGCAGAGGGGUGGAUGUGGCGGCGGCCAAACGGGCGGAGGAGGAGCGGAUGCUGCGCGACACCCGGCGCUGGUUGGAUGCUGGGGAGAUCCGGGACGCCCGGCACCCGGCCACGGGGGCCAGUGCCCUGCAUGUGGCAGCGGCCAAGGGCUACAUCGAGGUCAUGAGGCUGCUGUUGCAGGCAGGCUACGACCCCGAUGUGAGGGACAAGGACGGGUGGACCCCGCUGCACGCGGCUGCGCACUGGGGAGUGGAGGAGGCCUGCAGGCUGCUGGCCGAGCAUCUCUGCGACAUGGCGCCCCGCAACAACGUGGUGGGGGCAGGGGGGACGAGGGGCUGCCGGUUGGGGGGCAUCCUGAGGGGGUCUGGGGAUGCCAGAGAG